AUGAAGGCAUUUCUCUGCUUUCUUGUGUUUUUCUGCGUUUUUGUCCGGUGCGACGACGACGACGAAGCUCCGCCAAUCGAGUUGGUGGAAGUCGAAGACUUGUACGACAUCACACACCACCACGCUCUGAAAUUGAAACCGGGAACUCCGGUCAUGUUCCGUCUCCGCCAAUCAGACACGUUUCUUGCCCAGAAGCAGCUUGAGUUUUGGGACGUGGAGAGAUUGCUUGAUGAGUCUGUUCCCGUCCAGCACGACGCCAAAGUGUCUUCGGAGUGGGUCGAAUGGGGGUACGAGGACUACGAGGUUUCGGAAUUUCUCCACAACAUUCCCGUUUCCCUCUGCCACAGCGAGCUUGAAGGCGAAGGCGGCGCCAUUUACUUCCGGAGCAUUGUCGCUACGGACCGAGGCCGUGGAGCUUCGUUUGGAAUCACCCCCAAGGCCUACGGAAACUCGCUUGCCUUGAGCUCCAGUGUGCUGAUUUCCGAGGCUCUGGCCAUCUCCACCACGUUGACGUGCUCGGCGAAACACGGCGAGAUUGUCCAGGUUUUCUUGCGAAAUACCCAUUUCCUAUACUUCACGCCAAAGUUCCGUGUUCUCGCCUACAACAAGAGGGAAAACCGGUUUGCGGUGCCGCAAAAGUUUACCCGCCAGCCCCGCCAGAAGGAGGUCGUGGCUAAUGGUGUGGGCGAUUGGGUCUGCGGCUCAAGUUCGGUGAUGAACUUGAUGUGUGACUCCGUCGUGGACGAUGUGCGCAAUGCCAGAGACUCUGUGCCUGAAGAAGGUGUAUAA